ACUCGGUCUUCUAAAACAAGCAACAGAACAAAUAUCAUAUACUUUAAUAAAAUUCAUGGUCCCUGUGUUGCAGAUGCAAAUGAUGACUUUGACUUUGCGUUUUGUUUCAAAUGUGAUCAGUGGAUAUCGGCUGCUUGCCCAUGGAUUACUAGAGCACGUGCAAGAUGGCCUUCACCUGAACUAAUCUCAAAAAUAGUUACAUGUGGUGUGUUAUUUGUCCCCAUUGGUAUUAAAAAAUCCCAAAACGAAGGUCUUGAGUGGCGUAUUUCAUUUUCAAUCGCAGAAAAAAUGCUUAUUUAUUCAUUUACUCACACCCAGUUGCUUUGUUACUCUUUGUUGAAAAUUUUGCUCAAGGAAAUAGUCGAAAAAUGCAAAAAUUUGAAAGAAUUGCUGUGUUCUUAUUUCCUGAAGACACUGAUGUUCUGGAUUUCAGAAGAACUGGACCCGUCUGUUUGGAGGCCAGACAAUAUCAUACCAUGUUACCAUGGUUGUUUAGAAAGACUUAUAUACUGCAUUGAGUAUUCGACUCUGCUGCAUUAUUUCAUCCCUGAAAAUAAUUUGUUUUAUUCAAGAUUCAGUAUAGAAGAUAAAGAACGACUGAUCAAGACCCUUAGAAUUUCCUUUGAACUCGGGAUUCAGUGUUUCAACGCUUCAAGUACUCUAAGUGAUUACACCGAUUUCAUCUUCAGCUCACGCAGUACAAACUCUAGAGUUAUUACGGAAAUUGUUGAAACAUUUUCUUUUAGUGUCAAUAUUUCAAGAUUGCUCUUCAGUUUACUACACCAUUCUAGAACUGAUUUAUCAAGAGAUAUAUUUACUGUCUUUCUUUCGCGUGCACACCAGUUUGCACCACAGUCACAAAUUGUUUCACACUAUAUAAACAACAAACAUCAAUAUAUGAAAUACAAACAUGACAUCAGUCAUUUGUUGAUGAGUUUGAAUUCAGAUGCAGUAUCAGGUUGGUUGCUAUUGGCGUCUUUCUUCUAUCUUCGUAAAAAUUAUACAGCAUCGUUGCGUGUAAUAAACUAUGCUUUGUUGAAGUGCACCGAUGACAAAAUUCCCUUUAAGGUUCACCCUAGUUGUGAAAUUAAACUAAAUCGAACACAGAAAUAUUCCUUAGAAUCGAUGCAAAAAGAAAAGCUUUUCAAGAUCUUGAAAACAACAAAACGUGAUGAUCUACAUUUUAUAGAAGAAUCGGAAAUCAUUCCAGAAGAACUGCAACUGGAAGUAGAGGAACGUUCUACAAUAAUACGCGCUGAACCGUUUGCACAUUUUCUGAGUUUUCUGUGUUAUUUUCAUUCACGUGACCUUACUUCAGCCAUAAAUUCUAUGCAACAAAUAAUGCAUAUAAUGAACACAAAUUUUACAAAUGACGAUUUCGAAUCUUUCUAUGUAUUUUCCUACCCAAUAAUACUUUUAGGAAUAUGUUGGCAAAUGACAGGAAAAACAGCAAUGACGAGACGAUCUUUUGAACUUAUAGCUGUAUGCGAUGAAUACAAACUGACCAGUGCUGCAUUGAGACUCUCUCGUAUAUAA